AUGGCAGCGUUUACACUACCGGAGGGAUUCACGGAGUUUGAUAUGUUUACAUUCGGCUCUGCGCUUCUUGUUGGGGGCAUGCUUGGAUUCUUCCUCAAUGCCAUCAGCAUCAUUUCUUUCCUCGCAGUGAAGGAGAUGCGGACUCCCAGCAACUUCUUUGUGUUCAACCUCGCUGUGGCUGACAUUUGUUUGAAUAUUAAUGGACUCACAGCUGCGUACUCGAGCUACCUCAGAUAUUGGCCAUUUGGGCAAGAUGGAUGUGCCUGUCAUGGUUUUCAGGGCAUGAUUGCGGUCCUGGCGUCCAUCAGCUUCAUGGCUGCCAUCUCCUGGGACAGAUAUCACCAGUACUGCACCAGACAGAAGCUCUUCUGGAGCACUACGUUGGUCAUGAGCGGCAUCAUCUGGAUCCUUUCCAUCUUCUGGGCUGCUGUUCCUCUCAUGGGAUGGGGCGUCUAUGACUUUGAGCCUAUGAGGACUUGCUGCACGCUGGACUACACCAGAGGGGACAGGGACUAUGUGACCUACAUGCUGACUCUAUGCUUGCUCUAUCUGAUGUUCCCAGCUUUCACCAUGUUGUCAUGUUACGAUGCCAUCCACAAGCAAUUUAAGAAGAUCCAUCAUCACAGGUUUAACACCAAUGUGCCCUUGAGGGUAAUGUUGAUGUGCUGGGGCCCCUACGUCCUCAUGUGUGUCUACGCCUGCUUUGAGAACGUGAAGGUCGUAUCUCCAAAGCUAAGAAUGGUGCUUCCAGUUCUUGCAAAGACAAAUCCCAUCUUCAACGCUCUCCUCUACUCGUUUGGAAAUGAGUUCUACCGAGGCGGCGUGUGGAACUUCCUCACCGGGCAGAAGAUCGUUGAUCCGGUUAUCAAGAAGUCAAACUAA